UUCUGGAGUAUAUUGUACGACACAGUAAGAUACUGAGUCCAGAAUAUGCGUGUUCCGUUCUUCUACAAAACGAACACUGCUAUCACAAUCAUCCGGCUCUAAAAUGGGAAACAGAAAUUCCAGCGGGUGGUCCGGUUCUUCAUAUGAGUGGUCGUAAUAAUUCAAACGGAAGAACAACGCCCCUGAAAAUCCUCCAUCUAUCCGACUUCCAUAUUUCUCAGGAUUACGAAAUAGGUGGUGUGUCCGACUGUGGAUAUCCAGUUUGCUGUAAGAGGAAACUGGGGAAUCCCAUAAAGGGAACCAAUGCUGGCGCCUGGGGAGACUACAACUGUGACGUUCCUCCAUGGUUGUUUGUGAAUACGUUAAGCUAUAUUAAUUAUACCCAUCAAGAUCUCGAUUUAGUAUACUUUACCGGCGAUAUCAUCGACCACUCUGUAUGGAAAGAUUCCAUUCAAGACAAUGCCAAUGAAAUUACAUAUGCAUUUGAUAAGCUUGCAGAAUCAUUUCCAAACCUUCCUAUAUUACCUAGCCAUCGGAAAUCACGAAUCUAUACCUCUAAACAUGUUUGCACCACCUGAAAUAUCUGAUCCGCAGUUUUCCCAGUCCUGGUUGUACGAGUUGAUAGCAAAAUUAUGGGCCAAAUGGUUGCCUCCAGAAGCAACAUCCACCGUGGAAAAACAAGGAUACUACUCCGUAUUGGCGAACAAGAAACUGAGAAUAAUCGUGCUGAAUAACAACGUUUGCUAUAUAUUUAACUGGUGGUUAUUGUAUGAUACGUACUUCCUUCAACAACAGAUCGAAUUUAUGAAAAAAGAACUGCUAGAAGCAGAAGCAAAUGGUCAAUUUGUGCAUAUAAUUGCCCAUGUAUUCCCCGGUGAGAAAGAAUGCAUUGAACCAUGGGAAGUGAACUACAAUUCGUUGAUUACCAGGUUUUCUCAUAUAAUAAAGGGUCAAUUUUUCGGACACACCCAUACGGACGGUUUAAAAGUAUUUUACAGUAAAAUUGACGGCACACCAAACAACGUAGGAUUCAAUGGCGCCAGUCUAACUCCCUACACUAAAUAUAAUCCAAACUAUAAAAUACUCAGUGUAGAUCCUAACACAUUUGACAUUUUAGAUGUCGAAACGUAUUUCUUUAACUUGACUGAAGCCAAUCUGCAUCCAGAUAGGACACCGAGAUGGACGAGACUUUAUUCGCUGAAAGAAGCGUAUUCUUUUCCGGAUUUGUCACCAGAAAACUUUGAUUGGUUAGCUAAAAAUCUACCUAGGGAUAGUUAUUUGUUUGAUAUGUAUUGGAGGUUCUAUGUUAGAAAUGGAGAUGCCUCAUUAAAGGAAGGAUGUAAUAAUGAAUGUAGAAAAAAACUUAUAGAGAGCAUUACAACAACAGAACCUUUUUAGACACAAUAAAGUUUUUUUUUGUUCUUG